GGAUAAAAAAUAAUUUCGAGGUACCACCAUUCUAAUUUCUAAAUGGCAAAGCAGAGAGAAGUAUGCAAGUUCUAUCUUCAGGACAGAUGCCAUUAUGGGGCCAAUUGCCGGUUCCUCCAUCCACCAAAGAAUCAGCAACAAUUUGGCUAUGGGCACUCAUCAAAUACUGGUAGAUUCGAUAAUGGAAGAAACUGGGGAGAUAGACCGGUAGGAAGAGGAGGUAACCCUUACGCCCACGUCCAGCAACAAAAUUAUAGAGGGAGAGGAGGAGGUGGUGGGUGGGGCCAAAGAGGAGGAGGUGGUGGGUGGAGUCAAAGAGGAGAUGGGUGGAGCCAACGCAGUGAAAACUGGUCGGGCGGCAAUAACUGGAGAGGAGGAGGAGGAGGAGGGAAUUGGCACAAUCAUGAGAAUUGGAGAGGAAGAGGAAGAGGGAACUGGUCAGGGACAAGUCAUAGAGGAGGUUCGGGAGCAAAUUGGUUUAGUAAUAAUGAAGGGAGAGGAGGAGGAGGAGGAGGAGGAGGGGGGAACUGGUCAAACCCUAGGACUGGAGGGAAUUUGAAGAGUACUAGCUGGUUUGAUGGUCCUAGUACGAGACAUGAAAGACGAGUGAGCUGGGAGGAUGAGGUUAAUAAUAUGGUGAUAGAAGUAACCAGCACAGAACCAACAUCAGCUAAUCAAAUAGUUGCUGCUAUUAAAGAGGAUCUGUCUAAUUGGGAGAAAGGGUCAAUGUGGCCUCUUUCUUGUUAUUCUCCUGCUCCUUCAGGAGUGUGUCCUAAUCUUACUAACAUGGAGGAUCACUCAAUGGAAGAGAUUAGGUAUCUGGCUUAUGAAGCACAGGCUAAUGGGACUUUACAGCAAUAUAUAGAUAAUGUAAGAAAAGAGUAUGAAAAACAGCAAAGGUUAUUCCAGCAGUACCAAUCAACCACAACUGAUGAAAUAAUCCAUUUUGUCACAGGAUCAAGGCCAUAUACGACCCCAGCUAGUGUAAGAACUGGUUCUCAUUCUUCGUUAGUUGGGGCUGGUACCAAUGGUCUAGUAACUCCUGUCAAAGACCUCUUUGGCGUAAAAGAAACAAAACAAAACUCCACUCAUUCAUCAGAUUCGACUACAACGCAGCAGAUUAGUGAUACAGAUUUAAAAGCAUUUCAAGCCGACAGAUUUGUGGGUGGAGCCAUUCCAGAAACCCCACCUCCAACCAAUCUCUGUUAAUUAUUAACACCAUUAUUAUUAUAUAAUUAUUGUUGUAAUUUAAAAUAAUAUUAGUUGUACACACAAGGAUAAUGA